AUGAUGAAUUUGUUGCCCGUUGUUCAGCUCUGUAUACAUUCUUGCUUACUUUUUAAUAAGAGCUCACCAAUAAUGUGUAAUCGGACGGAACCGUGGCAGCUUGGUGGCAGAGAUAUUGUCGCCGAUUCAAAGGGAUACAUUUUACUAGUAGCACUUAUGCCAGUGCAGUGCGAACACUGCCAUAAGCAGUUGAUGAAAUUUCAAGCAGUAGUGGAAACACUACCGGAAAUAAGGGUGGUUGUUGUAGCGCCGUAUAACGAGAAUCCACGUGUCAUCGAGCGCUAUCGACAAGAAUUUCCACGUGUAGCAAUUGGUAUGGAAUCGGCAGAUGAGCGGAUCUGGAAAAAACUUUCCGGAUCGGCGCAUGAUCACCUAAUUUAUGAUCGAUUUCAAGCAGUAGUGGAAACACUGCCGGAAAUAAGGGUGGUUGUUGUAGCGCCGUAUAACGAGAAUCCACGUGUCAUCGAGCGCUACCGACAAGAAUUUCCACGUGUAGCAAUUGGUAUGGAAUCGGCAGAUGAGCGAAUCUGGAAAAAACUUUCCGGAUCGGCGCAUGAUCACCUAAUUUAUGAUCGAUGCGGUCGCUUGGCCAGUGUUAUUCGACACCCGAAAAGCGACACAACAAAAUUUGAGGAUACUGUACGAGCGCUAAAAUCAGCCGUUAGUUAUGCGCAGUGUGGUUGGUGCCAAUAUGAUCCUCCUGAUUUGCCACUUCCACAGAAAUCCUCGCCAUCAUCACCAUCGCGCAAAAUAAAACCACCGGUAAUAAAUUUUACUAAUUUUACUUCGCUGGGCUCCAGAAAAGAAGAACACAUCUUUGUAAAAAAAAAAAAAAACAGUGCUCACCAAAUUAAAGCGGUGGUGCAUCCACCGGUGAAACCUGGAAAUGGCAAGGAAUCCAAAACUAACGAUAAUCGACAGCAGCAGAAUCAACGACGAAUCAUAAUCCGACCGGAUAAAGAUUUACAACGACCAAGUAGUUCCCGGUCAUCUAAAGGAUGGAAGCCAUCAACAUUUUUGAAUCGAAUCCACCAAAAUGGCAGUCGACAACGGAGUAGAACUCGAGAGCAACAACAACCACAACCACAAGGACAAGACUAUUUGCAACAGCAACAAGAGCACCAACAACGACAACGGCAACAAGAAGAGUACCAACAGCAGCAAAGACAAGAAUACAGACAGCCACAAGAAGAGUACCAACAACAACAGCAACAACAACAACGGCAGGAGCAGCAGAGAUACCAACAGGAACAGGAGCAACGAAGAUACCGUGAAAGGGAGCGAAUUCGGGAAGAACAAAGAGCUGAACUCGAAAAGCAACGUCAACAGCAAGAAGAGCAACGUAGAAUCCAAGAGCAGCGAAGGUUGCUGGAUGAACAACGACGUUUGCAGGAACAGCAGCAACAGCAACAGCAGCAGGAGCAGCAGCGAAGGAUUCAGGAACAACAGCGAAGAAUGCAACAGCAGCGGAAGACUGAAGAUGAACUUUAUACAGAUGAUGCUGCUGAGCCUGCUGAAGAACAAUGGAGACCGUUAGAAUCGCCAGGACAACAAACCGUGCAGCAGGGUUUGUUUUAUUAUUCGGUUUAUCGUAAGUACUGA